ACAGGAAGAGUGGGCAAAUGUUCAUACUUCACCCUGACAUGAGUGGAUGGUGUGAAAGUUCCUACAAACCCAGUUGACGUUCAGCACUCUGACCGGAAUCUUGUGGUUUAACUUCUUGUCUGUAGUGUUUUGUACAUGGGCUGUCAUGCACUCCCCACCCCCCACCACCACCCCUUGCAUGUGAUGUGUAUAAAUGUGCAGAGACACUCACAUUCAGAUAUCCUCGCUUGCUGUGCAAUAAUGGAAACAUCUCCAGUCCUUCUUGUGUGGAUUCUGAUAACGUGUUCUGUGUGGAUGGUCCAGAGCAUGCGCUUAGAGGUUGACAUUGAUGAUCAUGUGGACACAGAAAUCUCAGUGGAAGCAAGCAAGCUUCCAGGUUUAUGUUGGGCUUGCAAGUGGUCUUUGAAUAAGGUGAAAAAACUGGCCGGACCGAACGCCACCGCAGAGGUGCUGAAAUCAAAGUUGUUGUCCAUCUGCAACCAGAUCGGCCUCUUACAACCUUUGUGCCGCUCGUUUGUGAAGAAGAACCUCGGAGAACUGAUUGAAGAACUAACUACCACUGAUGAUGUGAGGACAAUCUGCGUCAACACCAAGGCCUGCAUGCCAAAGGAGAUGUUGCAGCCGCCACACUACGAAGAUGCACAGAUUCACCUGUGUGGAAAAUGCUGUCUCCACGCAAGCAACGGGAAUAACAAUUAAAACUGAAAUGUCUGCA